AUACCAUAUCGCAUAAUAGUUAAGACUGAGAGCAAGUUAGCGAGCUAGAGCAACAAUGGCCACCGAGUGCUAUACCGGAGUGUUUGGCAACCCUAUUACCGACGCAACUCUAAAAGGUAUGUCAAAGUAUGCAGGUAAGAGUAUAUCACAGAAAGACAAAGCAAUCGUUGCAAAACAGAACAAAGAAGAGGGAAACCCCACUCUUCAGCAACAUGUGCAAAACUUGACAAAGGGAUUGGGUGCGAAUACUGGAGUGUUUACUGUGUGCUUGGUUAACAACCUAACUGGCGACACUGUGACCUACGUUACUAGCCAUGUGUGGGAUGUACCCGCUAGGUAUCCCUCCUGCAAAGACAUUGAGAAUGGGCAAACUGCUAUAUUCAUGCAAAGCAAAACCAAGGGAACUGCUGUCGUCUAUCGUGGCAAGAAUUCCAAGAGAGAUGAGUGCGACUUCAUGUUGGCUUGGUACAACGUGCAAUCGGACUCCAAGUCCGUGAACAAGGUCUAUGCUGAGAUUAAAAAAGCUCAUUCUUAUGAUGAUGACACUGUCUGGGAUGCUAUUUUCAAGCAACUGGAUGUGUCUGGUCCUACAAGUUCUGCAACAUGGAACGGAUGCACGUCAUCUAUGACAAUCAGCAGUGGUGCCAUUCCCACCCUUAAUGCAACCCUCACCCUUUCAGAAUAAUCGCCCUAUAGAAGCCAUGCAUGCAUGCCUGCCCUUAUUUACUGGUUGAAAAAUAAAAUAUAAUAAUGAUACGUAAAAUAAAUUGCCUUUAUAUCCCAUGUAUAUAAAUGGCAUUGGCAAUGCAAUCAUAAUGUUAGUGCAUGUAUGGGUCAUGUGUAUUGAGUGGUUGACAUCGAUGUCAAGGCAACUUAAUUCAGAAAUAAAUAAUAUAGUUGCAUCUGGGUUUGUUUUA